AUGGCUGGGGCAUGGCACCUUAAGCUUUUUCUCCUGUGUCUCAUGCCAGCAAUUUUGCCAGCGGUAAGGAUCAAUGCCAAAGGACGGGAAGUGAUUUACUUGGCCAAGGGGCAAUCGGCCAAGUUGGUCUGCCCCUAUGAGCUGGAGGCCCACGAUGACGGUCCGGACAACCUGGACAUUGAAUGGACUCGGAUGAACUCCGAUCCGACCAGUCUAGAUAAUGUGCAGCGUUCUCUGAUUCCUGCCCAGCAGAUCCUCAGUUACCACGACCACAAAGUGAUCUAUCCUGGAAAGCAUUACAUACAACAAAGAGGGAAUUUUGGAGCCCAGGAACAAGCACAGCAUUUAAGCAACUUCAACAUGGCGAAAGAGAGCUCCGUUGGACACCGUCUUGGUCUCGUGCCCGACUGCUGUUCGGGUUUGCAACAGCGAAUCAACUUUGUCGUCCCCGAUCCCAGCCAGUAUGACGCUUCCAUCAACCUGCAAGAUGUUCAGAUUUCUGAUUCCGCAACCUACGAAUGUAAGGUGAAGAAAACCACGCUGGCAAGCCGUAAAGUGACCAUCAUGGUGCUUGAGAGACCAUCUGUUCCCAAAUGUUCAAUUGUGGGCAAAGUCUCUUUGGGACACGAAGUCACCCUCUGCUGUUCCUCGGACGCCGGCAACUCCCCUCUUGCAUACCAAUGGGCCAGAGUGUCCGGUCACCUUCAUGGGAACACCAUAUCUGCUUUUGCGACAAAAGGUGUCAAUCCUGGUGACAUCGUCAUUAAGAACCUCUCGCAUGAACAUGUUGGCCUCUACCAGUGCAGCGUGGCCAACAAGGUUGGAUACAGCCAAUGCGUGCUGGAGAUCAGUCUAGCAGAUGAUUCCAACCAGAUGAUCAUUGUUAUUGGAGUUGUCCUUGGUUCUCUGCUGUUCUUGAUCUUGCUUCUGUGUCUCACUAUGUGGAUUAUUUACUGCGUCCGGAGGAGGAAAUUCAAGGAAGAAGUCAACCAGAUCAGGGUUGACAGCGCUCCUCCGCGGGGAAGAGGUGGGAGGAAAAGCAACAAAAACACACAAAGAGGAAAGUAUGAACCUCCAAAGGAGCAGGAAGCCGUUGAGAUGCUCUGUCCAACAAACCAAGAUCUGAAUUCCAGAAAUGCGGAGAGCGAGGUUCAGAACAAGGGCUCCACGUCUGUCAUUACAAAGGCCAGAGUCCAUUGUCCCCCAGCCAUUCCUUCCUUGGCCUCGUCGCAAUGUCGAGUUCCAGCUCAGUUUCAACUACCCGCUAGCCCUGUAGGAACGGAGAUGUCUACAUCUCAACGGGAUACGGCUCAGGCAAAGCAUGGACCUUCUGAACGAUGUGGGGACAUUCAUACCAUUGUGUCAGCCAGGAGUAGAAAAGAUCUGGUAUUCUAAGUCCCCUUCGUGCAAUGUUUCUCUGCCUUCCUAAUGCCGCGACCCCUUAAUACAGUUCCUCAUGUUGUAGUGACGCCCAACCACAAAAUUAUUUUCAUUGCCACUCCAUAACUGUAAUUUUGCUACUCUUUUGAGUCAUCCUGUAAAUAUGGAGCCCCCGGCAGCGCAGUGCUGGCAGGACUGAAGACCAACAGGUCGCAGGUUCGAAUCCAGGGAGAGCUUGGAUGAGCUCCUUCUGUCA